CAAACAACGGUUCUGUUUAACUGUCUUAAUGUCUUGGAAACAGUAGUUUAAAACGUGACGUGUAAUUCUAGUUAUAUUUAUUACCCAUUCUAGUUAUAGAAAUAUUUAUUACCUAUUAUAACAUUCUGUUAUUAAUUCACGUGCUCAACGUCUAUGCACGUUGAAUAGUCUGGAUUGGAAUGCCUGCAAGAAAUACUGCCAUGGCAAAACGUAAAGGCUAUAAAAGAUCUCGACGCAAACAGCGCUUGUAUCUAUCGCAAGAGAUGCUGUUGCAGAAAUCAGGCUUAUCUGACACGAUCGAUAGCAUUGGGAAAAAUGAUACUCCUUUAAGUAGAAACGUGAGAUCGUCGGAGCAACUUUUAGAACAACGCUCUCCAGAGUCGGUGCUUUUUGAAUCACAGCAGCUGGAGUUGUCCUGCUGUGGUGAUUUGAGUCCGGAGAUCGCACCUAAACUUCCAAGGAGAAAAUUAGAUUUAAAUAACUUACAAACAGAACAUUCUGAUAAAGCAAUCGUGUCUGUCCCAGCCACUGAUCUCUUAUCGGAACAGAAGAAGAACACGCGAAAUUCAUUUUCGUCCAAUUUAACCGCCACCAAAACAGUUUGGACCAGUUGCACACCUGAAUCCCCCACCGCUUCUACGCUGGAUUUACCUGCCGUCUCGGAUUCUGGUGGUUGUAGCAGGAGUCUGCAAGAUCGUGAAGUGGAAUUUGUGUUCAGUAAAAAAUGUACCUGCGCCACCUCUGCACAGAGCCGUCCGUCGUCACGAUUCCACUUUACCAAGAAACCUAUAAAUAAAAUUAGUUUCUUCUGUAUCUGGUCGAUGAAAAAGCUGACGAAUACGUUUAAACAGAAUUAUGAACGGCUCAAGCAGACAAUGUUGCCAUCUUUUGGGAAGACAAAUCAGGAAAAGUUUGAAGAACUCGGUCAACUAGUUAUGACAUUACGCUCUGAGAACAAGCAAAUGGCUGAUAGAUUCUUAGAGAAAGUGAACCGCUUGUCCGAAGAGAUUAUUCAGAUGCGCGCCAGUAACGUGACAACUCUGACUGCUUUGACCACAGAAGUCCGUAGUAUAGUGGCUGAAACGAAUGAAACACUGAAGCAGGAAAUACAGAAACUACAGAAGGCGUUAGAGGAUAAAAAAACAAGUAUACCUAAAUCUCUGUCACCGCUUCCUCGACCGAUGUCAUCGAUUCUAAGCACCUCUUUGAAGACGUGUCCUCCUCCGCCACCGCCACCACCUCCACCGCCCCCUUCUGUUCCGUUGUUCCAGUCACCGGUAAAGUCAAUUACACCGAUCACCCCGAACAGCGGCAGAAGCAUCAGGACGCCAACCAGAAAGUGCUCGACACCUUUGCACAACAGGCCAGCUAUAACGGUUCAGGAUUUGCUGAAUGUGACCCUUAAAAAAGCACCGCAAAACAUUAAGGAAAACAGAUGGAAUACCAUACCGGGACCGAAGGGCCCAUUGGUCUCAUUGGACAUGUUACGUAGCGUUAAAUUAAAGUCUGCCAGGCGCAGAACUAACGACCAAAUAGUCAGAUCUCCUAGAAGCGCUCGUGUGAUCAAGACACGAACCGCCACGAGCCUGAGUCUGUCUCCGAUCAUGACCGGAAGCGACAACUCGUUGGGUCGAAUCCUGAAAGAGGUGGAUGUUAAUAGACGACCGAGACGUCGGUUAGUCACGACGAAUUUUCGUGAAAGGAGUAUCACGAAAGAUAAUCAUUCGCUGAAUGUAGACGCAAAAGAUAGCAACUCGAAAUCCUCGAUUGUGUAAUCACAUUGCAAAGAAAUAUCGAGCGGUCUCGACGGAACAGGAUGAAUGUGCAUAAAAUGUAACACGGACGUUUAAAAAGAUAUACAGGGUGACAAUGAAAUACCCGUAAUAAUUUCGAUGACGAUAACUCUAUGAAAAUUCAUCGAAUUAAAACAAUUUUUAUUUUAUUUUAAAGAAUACAAAACGCUAAAUAAAAUUUUAUACUAAGUACAGGUAACCCUCCUAUAACACGGUAGAUAGGUUCCUAAAAAAUACCGUGUUGUGUGAAACCGUGUUAUAUGGGACCUAGAGCCAGUACAAAAAGGGGGGUUACGUUCCGAAAACUUAUUAAAAACAAACUUUCUUUUUAA